GAUACUAUUUUCACGAUGAUAAUUUGUCGACACACUACGAAUCUGCGAAUCUUUUUUCAAUACAGCAUAUUCGAAAAUUUUAUUCAACAUUGUAGUUUUUUUAGCAAAACAAGUACUCAUUAAAAAUGUAUUUUCCAAUUGGAUGGCCGCAAACAUUAAAUCUAUGUAAUCAGAAAUGUGAUCGAAUUGACACAAUUUUGGCCAACAGUGAUCAAUCAUUGUUUUUAUUGUUAUCUGGUGCGCAUUUUUCCAUUUGGUUUUGUCGACCAGCUGUUCAAAUUGUUCAUUAUCAACGAACAAAUGAUUCGAUAAGCAAAUAUGGUCCAAAUGUUUCUGCCGUUUGGCGUUCCGAUUCGACACAGAUUGUCAUACAAACUGCCAAUGAUUUUCUUCUCUUCUAUCAAGUGAUUAUAAAUGAUCAGGAUGUUAUGCCAAUCAUUGAACCAAAGAAUAGCAUUUCCAAUGAUUCGAUUCUUGAAGAGAAGAAGGUUCCUUGUUUAUUCAUACAGCUUACUAAUUCACUAAAAAUAAAUGACGGAAUUUCGUGCAUAAUGGCUGCUGAAGAAGAGAUGGUCAUUGCAACCAAAUCAGGCUUGUUAAGUGGAGUCGAAUGGAAUGGCCAGUUAGAUGAUAACUUUCAUUUGAAUAUUUCUGUGCCUCAAAAUCACCAUCAUCAUCAUUUGAUGGCGAAAAAAUCACCAGAACUAAAUCUACCUUCGUCAUCACAUUCAAAUCAUAUAAUUGAUUUCAAAUAUUCGACCAUCAUUGGUGGUUUUUCACUUGUUUUCUCUAAUGGACUCGGCGCAUUUUUGCCUUUAAACGAACAAACAUCGACUACGACAUACAAUCAAUUGCAAAUGAUAGGCCAUAUAGAUAAUGCCCUAUGUACAGCUAUUAAUCAUAAAUACGCAUUUAUUGUGUUCGGAUUACUUUCAUCUGAAGCAGUUGCCUGUGAUUUUGAUGAGGUGGAUCGACGAUUUGUCAUCUCAUUCCGGAUGAUCCUUCCACCAAACGUUUAUCCUGAUGCCGAAAAAAUUCUCGGUCCCCUUAUUUCGCUUCGUUGGACUCCGGAUUCCACAGUUUUGGCUACGAUUUGGGAAAAUGGUGAUUUUGCACUAUGGUCGGUUUUCGGAUCUUUGCUCAUCUAUUCAAUUUCUUGGUAUAAUUCACUUGAUAUCCGAAACGAGUUUAAUCAAACACCAUUUAAAGUGUCUGAUCUAGUGUUCGGCAAAGAAGGAUUCCAUUUGUGGAUGGUGGAACGUGAAAACUCAAAUGAAUCAACAAAUCGAGUGUGCAAAUUAUCUUUAGCGAAAAGUGUCUUAGCUGUGAAUCCUUGCUCGUCUGUACAUCUUGAAGCCGUUCUUUUGGCUUCGGAAGACCGAAUUUUUGUUGGUGGAAAUAAAAACUCAUCAUUGAUUGCUCAAAAUCAAAAAUUUGAUGACGAUGAAAAAAAUAUAGACCGCGAGAAGUUAUUGAAACAAGAAAAAUCCUUGAGCAACGUCAUUUUAUCCGAGCAAGAAUCGAAUGCUGUUGAUUCAUUUCAAUGGAUAACUGUUCCAUUGCCACAAAGUUAUCUGGAAACAAAUUGGCCAAUUCGUUUGUUCGCUAUUGAUCAUCAAACGUUACAGAAUAUUGCUAUUGCUGGAAUCAAUGGCUUAGCCAUGUAUUCUCUAAUUCAUCGCAGAUGGAAAUUGUUUGGUAAUGAAAACCAUGAAAGAGAUGUCACUGUCACUGGUGGUUUUCUUUGGUAUUACGAUUAUUUAAUUGCUGGUUGUUAUAAUUUAAGUGAAAAUUGUUCGGAAAUCAGAGCCUAUUCUCAUCGGAACAAGCUGGACAAUUCAAAUGCCAAAAUUAUUUCUGUUGAUUAUGAAGUGCAAUUAUUAUCAUUGUAUCAAAAUCGAUUGCUAGCCCUUUGUUCAGAUGGUACAAUCUAUCUUUAUGAUCUUCAUUUAUUCAAAAGAAAUCAUCAUUAUUCGACCAUCAACCAUCGUCACCAACAUCAUCAAGAUUCUCAUGAUUAUGAUCUUAACAUUUCAGCACCCAUAAGGGUCGUUGUGAAUAACUUGGAAAUAUUUCCCGAUUGUGUUACAUUGUGCCUUUUAACGGAUCUUCAUGUUGACAUGUACAAUAGUUCAAUCUUUAACAUGCAUCAUCUAUCAUCUACUUCUUCUUCAUCAACAACAGCAGUUAACGAGUCAAUCAGUCAUCGUGUUGUUAGACAAAAUUCAUCAUCAUCAUCAUCUGUAUCACGUUCUCAUUCAAUUUUAAUCAAUAUUUGUGGCCGAGUUUUGUUGCUUGAAAUGGACAUUGAUACUUCGAAAUUGCCUCCAUUUUCUUCGGACGAUGAAGAUGAGGGAAAUGAUAUUGGUGACCAAAAUAUUAACCAUAGUCAAAAUGGCAAUUCUGAUAAAAGCCAAAACAAUAAAAUUAGCAAUGUUCCCACUAACAGUAAUGAUAAUAACCAGGUGAUCCGCUUUAAAAAAGUUGUGAAACUUGCUUCAAGUGUAGAAAAUCUUUGGCUUCUUCCACAUGAUGAUGUUCAACUACAGGCUUUCCUCAGAUCAUCACAGCAAAGUUUCAAAGUUUUAUCUCAACAGCAAUUGCGGCCACAUUUAGAGACAUCACUUUAUCUGUCCUGUGGCGGUCAUGGUAUGGCUAUUUGGCUUUCGCUUGAACAUUCAAUAAGGGCCUAUGGCUCCUCAUUAACAAGAAAAAGUGAUUCCAAUAUUAGUGAUAAUGAUAACGAGCAUACAUACAUAUCGAAAAGAAUCAUGUUACCUUUUCGGGAAAUCGGAUCAGCAAUAUAUCCAUUAGCUAUUCGAUUUCGUGAAGCCAUCGUUCUUGGUGCUGAGUCGGAUUUCACCCAACCGAAUCUCUCUACGUUAUCACAGCAAAAACAGAAAAAUAGUCAACAAUUGUUUUCCGUUAUACCAUUUUUCGUUGUCAAACGUACAUCACAAGUCUAUCUACAUUACAUUUUAAGGGAACUACUUCGUCGCAAUUUAGGAUAUCGAGCUUGGGAGAUAGCAAAUACUUGUUCGACAUUACCACAUUUUGUUCAUUCCUUGGAACUCUUGUUACACGGAGUGUUAGAAGAAGAAGCUAGUAGUUCACAACCAAUACCUGAUGCGCUAUUGCCUCGAGUCGUAGAUUUCAUUCGAGCUUUUCCCGUUUUCCUUCAAACAGUCAUUCACUGUGCAAGAAAAACUGAAUUAGCAUUAUGGCCUCAUUUGUUUUCAAUUGUCGGGUCGCCUAAAGAUCUUUUUCAGCAAUGUAUACUCGAAGGUCAACUUGAUACAGCAUCCAGCUAUAUAAUUGUGUUGCAGAAUCUUGAAAAACCAGAAGUAGCCUCUAAAUGUGUAUCUCGAUUGUUGCAAGCGGCUAGAGUAGCCGGAUGUUGGGUCACUGUUAAGGAAUUGAAGCGCUUUUUACGUGCCACUAAUCAGACUGAAGAAAAUCAAUUUCCAGCCACCGAUAAUCCUCGAACUAGAAGUAAUAGUUUUAUUCAACACUCUCAUCAUCACCAUCAGCCACAAACAUCUGAUAAAUGUGAAGAGAUGUCUGCACCGUUAUCAGCACCGAUUAUCACAGCUGCUAAUCACAACGGUGCUACUUUGUUCAUAGAUUCUGAAAACAAUUCACGAAAGCCGAUGAAUUCAGAUCGAACAAAAUCAAUAAAUCGAGCGAUGCCAGGUAGAGCUGCCAUGUCAUCAGCAAUCGGUAUGAAUCUACCUAUUUCAGAUAAAUGUUACAUCGAUGAAAAUCUUUUAACUAAUGAAGCUUUCAAUCAUGAUAAUAUUUUAGAAGAAAUUUCAGAAGAUUGUACUCUGAAAAAUUUCGAAGAUCCACCUGCAAACAUUCUAGCUUCUGAUGAUAAUGAUGAUCAGAAUGAUAGCGGAACCAUGGUUAGCAAUAUUAAUGAUUUCAAAAUGUCUAAUCACUGCAACGGAACCAUCAAAAACUACCGCGCUUAUCCUGGGACUAUACUGCGAACCAUAUCCAAUUCGACAACGCCGAAUGGCCCGGACAAUCAGUUGAAUGAUAAGCUUAAAUUUUUGUCAAUAUCCGAAACCAAUUCAACAACAACAAACAUCAUGUCAUCAUCAUGUUCAUCAUCGACAAUAUCGUCAGCUUCAAUUCCACCUCCGAUGGCCAGUCAGCAGCAAUUAAAUCAUCAUGAAAAUCAUAAUCAACUAAGGCCUUUACGAGCCGUAUCAAUUGGUCAAUCAUCUAAUCAUAAUGAUCAUGAACAAUGUACAAUAUUUUAAUUUUCGUAAAAUUCGUAAAAGAAUCAAUUUUUUUGUUUUGCUCAUUUGCCAUGUAAAUCUAAGAUUUUAUGAACACAAUUAUUAGAGAUAUAUUUA